UGCUUGGCUUAACACUUAACUUGCUGCAAUGUCUGGGCGAGGCAAGCAAGGCGGGAAGGCUCGAGCAAAAGCUAAGACGCGGUCUUCUCGUGCGGGUCUCCAAUUCCCUGUGGGCCGAGUUCAUCGUCUUCUUCGCAAGGGGAAUUACUCGGAGCGUGUCGGCGCCGGCGCCCCGGUGUACCUGGCCGCCGUCCUGGAGUACCUGACCGCCGAGAUCCUGGAGCUGGCGGGAAACGCUGCACGGGACAACAAGAAAACCCGCAUCAUCCCGCGGCACUUGCAGCUGGCCAUCCGCAACGACGAGGAGCUUAACAAGCUCCUUGGUCGCGUUACCAUCGCGCAGGGUGGCGUCCUCCCCAAUAUUCAAGCUGUUCUGCUGCCAAAGAAGACCGAGAGUCACCACAAAGCCAAGGGCAAGUGAAAGGCUUUACCAGCCCUAUAGAAACUCCUGCGUA